AUGUCACUUUCAUUGCGCGCCUUGGAUGGCCAGAGCCCGCUCAUCGGCGCUCUGUCAGCGCAGCAAAUCGAAUACAAAAGGCUACGCGCAAACACCCAUCAUGCGCUAGAGACCGAUCGAUUAUUUUUGCUGCCUCAGAAGGAUCCAUCCUGCACAGCGAUAUAUGUACCACUGCAUCUGUGA